AUGACCUGUCGCUGCGUGCGCGUCUUCACCGUGGCCAGCGAGUCACGGUACGUCGUGGUGCGCAAUGUCCCGGCGCUUGGAGUGAUCGAUGACCUUCUCAAGCGGCUCAGUCUCUACGGGAAAGUCUGCGAGUACCGACUGCUAGACCAUGCAGACGACCGGGAAAAAGCACUGCAGUUUGAGGUCGGCGUUGAGGAUGACGACGAGUUCACAGACACAGUGUGGGUGCAGUAUGAGACGGUAAAUAACGCGCGUCAUGCCAAAGUACGUGGAGUACAAAAGCCAUUCUAUGGCAACCGACUCCAGAUCUCAUACGCGCCGCAAUUCGAGUCACGAGAAGACACGGCAGACAAAUUGGCACAGCGACGAAAGCUGCUGCUGUUUCGAGCUCGACCUCGCACUCAUGAUGCAAAACGGAACCCGGUAGCGGCAAGGAGUAACAAGAAGAGGCAGACUUCAUGGAAUCCACCCCUGCCACCUCCGCUUCCUCCUGUUGCUGUGAACGACAAUACUGAAUUCAUAGGACCACUUCUGCCAUCAAGAUCUCAGCAAUCUAUGCCGGAACUUGCCAGAAUACCGUCAACUUCGCAGCAUCUGCAACCAAGACAAGCAGCUUCUGCGGUAAAAACACAGCAAAAUGCAAAACGACGGCGUAUAUAA